GCCUACCCUAUUAUCAUAAGGGAACAUCAACUCAAUUUUCUGUGGGUAUGAUAGAACCAUCUUCUAUCUGCUACGGCGCGAGUUAGUCGCGCUCAAAAAUUAUUUUCAGCGAUCCGCCGGAUGAACUAAAUUCCGCUGAAACCACCUAAUCCAAUGAAGCCAGGGCAAGAGAACAUCAUACAGUAUAUUCAACGAUCCCAUUCUAUGAGCUAAUCUAUAUUGGUUUUUUUUUCCCCCGCUGGUAAAUCCUGAAAUACCUAUAUAUAUAUAAGCGUAUAUUUCCUCAGCUACCUAGGCAUCUGCUCACAAAGGGCCGCCAAACCUUAUUAUUCUACAAUUUCCACAUCUUGCACAAUAUCCAAAAAGCCAGAUCCGAAAGCUAAAUGCCCCUCUAUGCAUUUGGUUCAAACGGCUCAGGCCAGUUAGGGAUCGGCCACUUGGACGAUGUUCCAGCUCCCACUCGGUGUCUCUUUGUACAAGAGAAUAAAGAAAAUCAUUCAGACGGAAUCGACAUUCCCCUCGCAUCAGAUGAACCCACCCAAAUCGCCGCUGGGGGGAACCAUACUCUAGUGCUUUUCAAGUCCGGCGCCGUAUAUGCUGCUGGAACUAAUCAGAACGGCAGAUGUGCACAUGAUCCUGAUAGACAUUCCUCGUUACUACAAUUCAGUAGAGUGGUAUUUGUCAGAGAAGACGGGAGUUUCGUUAAUCGCUUCAAGGCCAUUUCGGCAACAUGGGAAGCGUCCUUUUUCGUCGAUGCAGAACGGGGUCAUCUCUACGCCUGUGGAGUGGGCAAUAAAGGUGAACUAGGGCUGGGGGCAAAUUGCGUGCAGGCAAAUAGUCCCACGCGGAUUCGCGACUUUCCACCACCCGCGGCUGAAGUAAUUUCUAUCUCUAGCAGCCUUUCCCAUACAGCGGCAACGCUAUCGAAUGGGGAAGUGUAUGGAUGGGGAAUCUCGAGGAAAGGUCAGCUAGGUGAAGGGAAUGUACAAAAGAAAAUUCUGUGGGCACCGCAAAAGAUCGAGGAUAUUUCAUUCUUCGCUUGUCAGGUUGCCUGUGGAAGAGAAUUUACAGUCAUUGCUGGAAGUGCUGAGACGGGGGAGAUUGCAAUUUUUGGAUCUGACAAGUGGAACAUAAUCUCUGGUGCACCGAAGGAGAUUAAAAAUUACGCCAUGCUAGCAGCCAGUUGGCAUGGUGUAUAUGUUCAUGGACAGGAUGGGUCUACCAGAUCGUGGGGCAGAAAUGAUCGCGGCCAGUUACUUCCACCAAAGCUUCCACAGCCGACGAAGCUGGCAAUAGGGAGUGAACAUGUUGUUGCUAUAAUUGAGAGCGGGGAGGUAGUGGCAUUCGGAUGGGGUGAGCAUGGCAACUGUGGACCAAACACCGAUACACAGGGCAAUGUGGCUGGGCGGUGGAAUGAGAUCCCGCUGAGCAUUGAAGACAGCAGGACGGUCACCGGUGUAGGAGCAGGUUGCGCGACAAGUUGGAUUAUGACGGCCUGAAUGCAUAUACCUCUCGUGGAAGGCUCGCAUCAAGCAUAUUAACAGAGAAGGAGCCAAACGUGCCUUCUUGUCAAUUUGCCGAUCCCCAUACGGAGCCCACCAAUUCAGCUAUCAGGUGGCUACUUUAUGCAGGACGCAAUAUAUAAUUCAAACCACUUCUCCAGCAAUGUCAAUCGAAUAUCCCUCGUACCUAUUCUAAAGUCAGUAUCAGCAUGCCAAAACAUAAGGAUAUACAUACCUGAGAUAUCCGUUGCGUCGGAGGUAUUGCUACGGAGCUUUCCUGGUCCUGGGCACUUCGCUGUCUCAUACUUGCCCCAGUGGGCGUGAUAUCCUGGAUCCGCCCUCCAAUGCUCGCCUGCAGCGCAUCCUAUAGAACUGAGUUAGGUUUGCCGAUCGAAAAACGAAGAAGUAACUCCUGACAUACCUGAUCCAUGUGUGUAUCCCAUCCAAGAGUGUCCUCCUCCUCAUCACCAUACUUCGGCUCAUCCCAUUGUUGGUCGUCGUCAACCGGGACGAACAAUGAUUCGAAGGGAACUGACGCAUGUGGCGGGUGCGGCAGGACACUCGUCUGAGUUUCCUCUCUGGCUGCUGCUUGCGACGGUGGUUGGAGAGGGUGAGCUCUCGGGACAGAUUCCGGAAUCUCAGGUGGCGGAAUGGCUGUAGGCUCUCUUGAAUGGGCGGUAGUAGAGCGUGGAUAUGGCCGAGCAGAUAACUCGCGAUUCCUAUUUCCAGAUCCGGGCGACGUCUCUCCACUCUCCCCUCUCGUCAUUAACGUGAACUCGCACGUCAUCCCACCUACUUCGUACGACACCUGCAUUGGCCGGCAUGGACGGGUAUAUCGUGCCACUACCCUUGCACUCAAUGAAUGCGCGUGGACGACAAUGGCCUUGAAGUCCUUGACGUUGAUAGCGACAUGGAGUUUAUCCUCCACUGUGAAAUGGUCAAAAUCUUUGAUGUCAAUAGCUACCGACGUAUGAACGGGUUGCUUGAGGAUUUCUGCAGAUAAAGGUUAGACAUUUAGAGGCUAGAAGCAGUUUUCAUGACCAAUUAAUGCACCCCCUUCCUUACCUUUUCCAUCUGCAACUUUUGUAGUAAAGCUUGUGAACACCACUCGAUUGUUUUCAGAGGAUAUAUCCAACUGCUCAGCAGUAUGACCAAAAUGGUCAAUAAUUUCUCGCAGAUACUUGGAAUCUAUGCCCCAUUGGUUUUCGGUCUUAGAUUUGUCGAAAAGAGCAUGCUGAAUUUCCGCAGCUUCGUAAGUUAAUUUGUAUGUCUUGACGACCCCUAAAUGACGCACGUUAGCGUGCCAAACACAAAAAGGAAUCAAUGCCAAAAAAAAAAUGGGUUGCGCCAUACCAUGCCUGCAUAUCAUCUGGAUGAUAAAUCUGCACUGGGUUUCGUCCGGACUGUAUUGAAGCCGCAUUUCACAACGUUCAACAGCAGUCUCUCGGUCUUUGAAGUCACUUGCUCGGGCCCUAAACACCGAUAAGAGCGUCUGGAUAAAUUAUUAGCAACUAGUAACACACGAGUGGCA